UUGUGAUAAAUUGAUUAUUGGUUUGUGGAUGGUUCGAACAACGUUAUUUUCGAAAUGAAUAUGAAGAAUGAUGGCUCGAAUCAGGAUUGUAAAUUUACUCCACCAACUAAACCUAAAAAAGUGAGAAAUCCGUUUGAUAAAGCCUUAAUAGAGAGGUUACACAAACCGAUUUGUAGUCCUGGUAUGUGUAAGAUUUACAAAAAGAAAAAUAAUGGGUGCUUUAAAUGGGACAUAGACCAAGCAUCUACUUUAGUACCCGCAGACAUAGUUGCAUGUAGUAGUCAAUUUGAACCAUCACCAGAUCCUAUGUUAGAAAAGAUUGCUGAAGAAGCAUCAGACAGAUUUUUCUCACAAGAAUUGGUGGUCCCUAGUCCAUUAGAGACAUCAAAAAAAGUCAAGCCACUGUUGAAGAAAACACCUAAUACUAGUGUUCUAGGAAAUAGUUUAAGCACAUAUGUGACUAAAAAAGAUGUUUCAGUACAAACAGUUCUGAGUCUUCCGAAAAAUCUACCUCAUGAAGUUGAAGAAAUUUUGCAAAAUUUUUGUACAUAUACACAGGACCAAAAUGUAUCUGGUGAUUAUGUCAUCACUGCAAAUGAUUCAUUUCGAAGACAGUUAUUCUUUGAAGAGCAUAGUGAUACAGAACACUAUGAUUCAGAGGUGACUGAUGAUGAAGUACAUCACGAUACUCGUCCACCAUCCAGCUAUGAAACACAUUCACCGAUUGUUAUCAGUCCUGAUUUGAGCCAAGAUUUAGUAACAAAAGGCUUAAAACGAACAUUUGGCACACCACUAAAUAAAGGUAAUGUAAGGAACAAUAAAGCAUGUCUUCGAAACAAGGCAUUAGAUGUAGUCGACUUUGGUGAGCCAUGCUUCAGUCCGAUAGAAUUCAGAACACCAAAACGUAUGGAUCAGGAAUCUGCUACAUCAUCUUCUCUUGCUUCGGCCUCUAUUUCACCAGUAAAUAAACCAUCUAGUGAUGAAGAGAAAAAUGCAUUUACAUCACCUGAAUCUGACACAAUGGCAACUUGCCUUGACUGCAUUAUACCAGAACCGGAAAGACAAAAGCAAUAUCCGUGUUUCUGUAAAAUAUCUACAAAUAAAUUAAGUUUGAAACGCAGCGCUUCCCUUAAAGACUCACCGACUAAAGCGAGAAGAGGUUCCAAUUUAUCAAUGGAGAAACGUAGUCUCAGUAUGUCGAGUUUGAAUCGUAGUCGUUCUGUACAGAAGCUCGAUUUUAGUAUGGACAUGAGCAUUGAUGGAUCGAUUCAUAAUUGUUCACAAGAAGAAUCGGAGAGUGGACAAAAUCAAAGUGCUCAAGAAGCUUGGUCUAUAGUUGAAGAUUCGAGUAUAAAAAAUCUAGUAAAAUUAGAACUAUUUAAAGAACAAUCUUGUGAUAUACAAUCUUCCACUAAAUUAGAUAGUGCAAAAUUACAUAUACUAGAAGAAACACCUAUAAAAGGCAAAAGUAAACACAGCGUUCUAUCACAUGAAAUUAGUAAAAUUCGUAGCUGUGUUACAACAAGCCCUUCGCACAUGUCUCUAGAUAAUAGUCUAGAUAGUUCAGAAAAUUCACUUAGUCUUGAAGAUAAUAAAAUAGACUUUAACAACGUUGAUCUCAAGUUUUUGACUGAUCUAUCUCAAUUGAACUAUAAUAAUAAAAACGUUACAACUGUUGGUGAAAGUUCUUGUAGUUUUAAAAGAAUUGAUAGUGGUUUUAAUGAAAACACAUUCUAUGCGAAUGCAUCUAGUUAUUAUGAAAGUGCCAUAAAACCAUCAGAAUUAACUGUCACUGAAACAUCGAAGAAUAUAAACCAUUCAGCUUUGAAAGAAAUAUCCAACGUAACAUGGAUGAGAGUUGACAGCGGCUUUAAAGAUGAAACAUCAACGGAUAGUACACAAUUUUAUACUUCGAAUGAAAAUUCCAAUUUGAAAUUUACUGGUUUUCGUUUUACUGAAGCUAAGUUGGAAGAUAAAGAAAAUGUUGACAGUUUUGUGAACGCUAUGAACAAAAAUGUUCUCUCAAUGUCUGAUAUAUUUACAGAAGAUAUGAAAUUGAAUUGCAACUCUUCGUCUACUCCAUCAAAGAAUAAAUCUAGGAGAGUUAAUUCUUAGUAGUUUGACUUUCUUUUUUGUUUAAUUUUUAAGUAAUUAAUGUAGUAAAAGCAAUUAAUACUCAGGCCUUUACAAAC